CGGGGGCCGGGAGCCCGCGCCGCGCAGCCGGGCAGCCGGGCGCGCCGGGGGUGGGUCCCUCUCCCCAGCCCGGCUCUGCGUGGAAGAAGAGGGCGGGGACCGGCACGGGGAGGAGAGCGGAGGAGGAGAAGGGGGCAUGACUCGUGCAACUUGCGGCGGGCAUCCACCGAGCCUCUGAGCCGCCGGCGGCCCGGGGCCCGGAUUGCGGCCGCGCGGAUCCCACCCAGCCCACCCCGCCCCGGCCGACGGCUGCGGCUGACCUGGAUCCUCGGAGCGCCCGGCGGCCGGCAGCGAUCGGCCUUCGUCUUCCGGACUGGUUUCUGGAGCGCGGGGAGCGCUCUCCUCGCGGCCCCUCUCGCCGGACCCCCGGACCCCGAUGGCUCGGAUGGGGCUUGCGGGCGCCGCUGGACGCUGGUGGGGACUCGCUCUCGGCUUGACCGCAUUCUUCCUCCCAGGCGCCCACGCCCAGGUGGUCCAGGUGAACGACUCCAUGUACGGUUUCAUCGGCACGGACGUGGUCCUGCACUGCAGCUUCGCCAACCCGCUGCCCGGCGUGAAGAUCACCCAGGUCACGUGGCAGAAGGCCACCAACGGCUCCAAGCAGAAUGUGGCCAUCUACAACCCCGCCAUGGGCGUCUCCGUGCUGGCUCCCUACCGUGAGCGCGUAGAAUUCCUGCGGCCCUCUUUCACCGACGGCACCAUCCGCCUCUCCCGCCUUGAGCUGGAGGACGAGGGCGUCUACAUCUGCGAGUUCGCCACCUUCCCUGCCGGCAAUCGAGAGAGCCAGCUCAACCUCACUGUAAUGGCCAAACCCACCAACUGGGUAGAGGGCACCCAGACGGUGCUUCGAGCCAAGAAGGGGCAGGAUGACAAGGUCCUGGUGGCCACCUGUACCUCGGCCAACGGGAAGCCUCCCAGCGUGGUGUCCUGGGAAACGCGCCUGAAGGGCGAGGCGGAGUACCAAGAGAUCCGGAACCCCAACGGCACGGUGACCGUCAUUAGCCGCUACCGCCUGGUGCCCAGCCGGGAAGCCCACCAGCAGACCCUGGCCUGCAUCGUCAACUACCACAUGGACCGCUUCCGGGAAAGCCUCACCCUCAACGUGCAGUACGAGCCCGAGGUGACCAUCGAGGGGUUUGAUGGGAACUGGUACCUGCAGCGGACGGAUGUGAAGCUCACGUGCAAAGCCGAUGCUAACCCCCCUGCCACCGACUACCACUGGACCACGCUGAAUGGCUCUCUCCCCAAGGGCGUGGAGGCCCAGAACCGAACCCUCUUCUUCAGGGGGCCUAUCAACUACAGCCUGGCAGGGACCUACGUGUGUGAGGCCACCAACCCCAUCGGCACCCGCUCGGGCCAGGUGGAGGUCAAUAUCACAGAAUUCCCCUACACCCCGUCUCCUCCCGAGCACGGGCGGCGCGCCGGGCCGGUGCCCACAGCCAUCAUUGGGGGCGUGGCGGGGAGCAUCCUGCUGGUGGUGAUUGUGGUCGGCGGGAUCGUGGUCGCCCUGCGCCGGCGCAGGCACACCUUCAAGGGCGACUACAGCACCAAGAAACACGUGUAUGGCAACGGCUACAGCAAGGCGGGCAUCCCCCAGCACCACCCGCCCAUGGCCCAGAACCUGCAGUACCCUGAUGACUCGGACGAUGAGAAGAAGGCCGGCCCCCUGGGCGGGAGCAGCUACGAGGAAGAAGAGGAGGAGGAGGGCAGCGGAGGGGGCGAGCGCAAGGUGGGCGGCCCCCACCCCAAAUACGACGAGGACGCCAAGCGGCCCUACUUCACGGUGGAUGAGGCAGAGGCCCGUCAGGACAGCUACGGGGACCGGACUCUGGGCUACCAGUAUGACCCUGAGCAGCUGGACUUGGCCGAGAACAUGGUUUCUCAGAACGACGGGUCUUUCAUUUCCAAGAAGGAGUGGUACGUGUAGCCUCCCUCUCCGGAGCCUCUGUCGGCUCCCCUUUCUCCCCGGCCCCCACCCGCACGCCCCCUGCCCUCCCCCACUCACCCACUCCUCCAGGAGCUCGACAGAGACUCGGCCGGCUGCCCAAAGCCAGCCCCACACUGCCGGGGAGCUGGGAGCCCAGGGCAGACACGACCUGGCUUUGUUUUGAUUUCCUCCCUGUCCCCCGCCCUCCCCGUGGUGUUGUGUUCACUGUGGCUUUGGUGUCGCUGUACCUUCCCUCCCCUGACCACCGCCACCACCCGCCCCCCCCCCUCCCCCCACCGCCUGCCCUCUCUGUGGGGAGCCCUGUUCUCGUCUUGUGUACCUGGGCGUCCCUCCAGGGUUUGGGGAGCCAGCCCUCCCCGGCCCCCCGACACUGGAAUUUGUGUUCUUUCCACUGGGGGUGGAGGGCUGAGGGGCUCCGAGAGGAAAAGCCCCAAGCCACCCCCGGAUGCCGCUCUAUUUCUCCCAGGGAGGGGGAGCCCACACCCCUUGCCACGAGCAGCCAGGAGCUAGGGACCCCGCUCUAGACAGUCGUUGCACCCAGGAGACAGGGAGAGGCUUCUCCAAAGCACCCAGGGUUGUCUUGUUUGUUAAGCGAAUCGAAUCGAGGUCCCUACCGGGGGGGCCUUGGGCAGUAUGUUCUCCUGGUGAAGUUGGUUUUACACUUUUUGUCCUCACUGGCCAGCAGAGAGUGAAGUUGGCCCAGCUCUGGUGUGUCUGUCCUCUUGACCCCUAUCUACUCCCCACAUAGUGGGACUUUAGGUGGCCCACACUUCCCGUACGCCUCCACCAACGCAUACACGCACCCACAUGCACACUCACCACUCGUGUCUGCCCCUCGUUCCCCUGGGGUCACAGGCCCUCCCCGGCUGGACACUGCCCGAGGCCCACCCCUCCCUGCCCCACCUCUUCCCUCCCAGCUGAGGAUGGGGACAGCCUUCGGAAGCCUCCAGGGACUGCAGAGACCAGGGCCCCCUGGAGCCUCCACCCUAGGAGCUCAGGCUGGCCCUAAAUUGCUUCUUUCAGCAUGGGAGUUUCUCAGAUUUCUCCCUUCUCUAUCACGUGCUAGCGACUCUGUCUGGAUUCUCCUGGGGAGUCAGGGCAGGGGGUCCCUAGGCUGUCUGGGAGUCACAGGUGACUGAGCACCACCAUGGAGGGCACGGGGAAGGGAGUCCACCGGGUAGAAGCUUUGCAGACACAGAUGCUGAAGAGCGUAGGUGGUGGCUCACCCGCCAAGGCCAGUGCAGAUGUUCUGGGCUUGCCAGAAAGUGCAAGGGGCAUGGGGGAGCCAGGAAUCCCAAUUCUGCAGCUCCUGCUCCCUGCUCUCCACUCCCCGCUCAUUUGUCCCUGGUCUCCGUUCUGGGAUGGGGCGGGAGGGACCUUGGGGAAGCUUUCCCUUUGAGUUACAGAUUCCCUCCUUGAAUGGGGCUCCGGGGCCCAUCCGUCACCCAAGACGAGGGUUUCCUGUCUGUACAGUGGGGGACAGGCCCCUCCCAGCUCUCUCAGUUCCCCCAGCUCAAAGUGCCUCAGUUCCUUCAUCUGCCCACCCCGGUCCCCCCCGGGCACUCUAGAUAGGAAAGACCCUGGGAUGGGAGAGCAGGCUCAUGCCUGCCCAUUAGGGUUCCGGUUAACCCAGGCCAUCAGGGGCUCUGUGGGAUGGCAAGUGUUGCGGGGGGAGGGAAGCAGACCACUCUGUGCCCCACGGGCACUGACCUCCCCUGCCAUGGGCUUCCCAAGGGAGCCCCAGGCCCCAGCCCUCUCCCUCCCCUCCCCUCCCUGGUGCUGCUAUUAACACCCCCCCCCCCACCAGCCCCGUCUCUGCCCUGGUGACCCUGGGCCCACCAGCUGGGCCACCCUCACCCGGCCCCCACUGCCCCAGCCCUGGCUGCCCAGUAGCCACGUAGCAGAAGUCUGAAGCCAUGCCAGCCCUGGGGCAGCUCUCCCCUCUUGGCAUUGGGUGGAGAUGGGGGAGAAAAUUCUGGGGUCUUUCAAGCCACAGGGCAGAGAGGGGUGGAGGAGCCGGGCUGCCUCUCCCAGCAGUAUUAGUGUCGCCCCAGGGCAGAGGACCUUUUCCAUAUUACAUCACUGCCCCAUUCCACCUCACAGCACUCUGGCCCCUCUGCUUGGUCUCCUGCCCCACCCCCCACCCCCUGGCAGGAGGAAAUCCCAGGGGCCUCCCUGAUAGAGGCAUUCUCUGACCCCUUGAAACCAUGAAACCGAAAGUCUCCCUCCUGCCACCCCCUAUUCCUCAUUAUGUGAUGUGCUUAGGAGGGCCCCUGGGCCCAGCCAAAGCCCUGAGUCCCCGUUAAGACACCUCCAUGCCCUCCCCCCAAGCAAAGCACAAAGUAUGGGAUCCAUGCCACACGCAUGGGCCGCGUGGGAGGCUCCUGCCUACCUUGUCCAGCAGCAGCACACCCGGCAGGGCGGUCGCUCCUCAGGGGCCCAGGGUAGACCGGGGGCAGGCAGGGGUCGGCGCUCGGGCCUGGGGAGAUGGGGCUUUCUGCGCCCCGAGUUUGCGGGAAGGUGGGCACUGCCGCCGGGCCCACAGACACAACCAGCGGGCAAAGGGGAGGUCUGGCCCGACAGAGAGAUGAGGAUCUUUUGCUUCUCCUUUGUGCCCCCAGCAUGAGCUGAGCCUUCUGCCUUUGCUGGAGAUGAAAUAAACUUGGUAUUCAUUGUGCCAAGGCCUCCCCCCGUUGUCACCCUGCCUCUUGUUACCCUCCUUCUUCUUGCCCCCGACCCUGCUCCCCUGCUCCCCCUAUUUCUUUAAGAUUUUGAUAUUGUUCUAACGUGUAAGCGAACCAUCCCGAGUCCCCUUUCAUCAGAAGGAGCCGAAAAGCAGCAGCAGGGAAUCGGUGACCACGAGCAGGCAAGACGACCACAAGCGUCUGCGCGCACACGGGGCACGCUCCCCUCCGACAGGUGCACACGCACAGACGCGCAGACACGGCAGAGGAACGGGCUGGUCCUGCCGAAAGCCCCGCAGCAGAGACGUGAUUUCCCAGUGCUUAGGCCGUAAGAGAGACUCACGGGGGCCUCGUUUCCCGGGCGUACACCCCCCCCCAUCAGCCCCCUCCAUGUGCCCAAGUCACUGGUGCAAUAAUUUUUCUGCCACCCUCCAAGCAGAGGAAUCGGGAACUGUGUUAGGUGGAUGUGGGUGACCCGCCUGGGAGGACAGGGGCCCAGACAGAGACCUCUGAAGCCACCAGGAGCCCUCUCCUGCUAAGGAGCACGUGGGCCCCUCCCAGGCCACAAAGAGACCUGCUGUGGCUACGGGUGCCGUGAGGGGCUCCCGAGGCCUUGCCUCUGCUGCUGCUGCUGCUGCCCCGACCGUAAGGCCCAGCCGAGCCCCCUGCCUGCCGGUGCUGUUCUUCUAACUCCUGCUGUGAGGAACGGGAUUCUUGGCCGGAAAAAAGAAAAAAAAAAAAACGGUUUUCUCUUUUUGUACAAAUGGAAGCAAAAUCCAGGAGAAGCUGCCACCCCUCACCUCCGAGUGCGAUGCGCCACCUUGGCAUCAGUUUCUUCGUCACCGUGUUCGUCUUUGGUCCCGGGACGACCCAGCAGAUUCUCCUGGUUCUGACCCAGGGGGUGUUUGCAUCACCCCCUUUUACUUGUAUAAAAAAAAAAAAAAUGAUGAGUUGAAAAAUGUACUGAGGGAAAAAAAAAAUGUACUUUUUUAUAAAUAAAGUGUUUAAAACAA